UCUCCCAUCAUUAUUCAUCGGUCAACACUUUCUCAAACGCUAAUCUAAAACAAAUGGAAGAAGUAAUGGAGGAGAUAAAGCCAUUGAUCAGAGUUGCUGCUCUCUCCGGUUCUAUCCGGAAACACUCUUUCUCUACUGGUCUCCUCCGCGCCGCGAUCGAUUUGUCGAAAGAAUCGGUUCGGGGAAUGGAAGUUGAGUAUGUAGACAUAUCUUUGUUACCGUUGCUUAACACCGAUCUUGAAAUCGACGGUACUUAUCCUCCGGUUGUUGAAGCUUUCCGGCAGAAGAUUCUUGAAGCUGACUGUAUCUUGUUUUCUUGUCCUGAGUAUAAUUACUCUGUCUCAGCUCCACUCAAGAACGCUCUUGAUUGGGCAUCAAGAGCACCUAAUGUUUGGGCAACCAAACCCGCUGCGGUUAUAAGCACUGGUGGCGAUUGCGGUGGAGGAAGGUCGCAAUAUCAUCUUCGACAAAUCGGGGUGUUUCUUGAUCUUCAUUUCAUCAACAAACCCGAGUUUACUCUCAAUGCGUUUCAGCCGCCUCAGAAAUUCGACGAGGAAGGAAACUUAGUCGAUGAAGUGGCUAAGGAGAGGUUGAAACGAGUUCUUGUCUCGUUACAAGCAUUUACACUUCGACUUCAAGGUAAGUAAGUUUUAAGUGAGUCAAAAGCUUUGAUCAUGUGUGAGAGAUUGGUCGUGUUAUGAAUGAUAAUGCCAAUUGUUGUAAUAAUAAACCGUGUGUAUCAUUUUUCGUGUAACACUUUCCAUUUCUCAUUAAUAAUUGUUCAUGAUGUAUGUGUAUUUUUA